UUUAACAUAUUAUUUAGAAAAAUUUUAGUACAGUAAACAUUUUUGAGAAUUUACCGUUGAGUAAUAAAAUCGGUGCACGGUGGACCAGGUCUAGCCGGUUAUUUAUUUAAAGCACAGUAAGAGAGUGAGAUAAAAAUACGAGGGGUGAAAAGAGCAGCAUUUAGCUUUGAGUGCACGCCUCACCAGAAACCUUCCAUGGUGCAAUCCGAAUUCCGAGCCUCAAAAUUCGGGAUUCAAACCCCCCAACCCCCCAUUCGUGCGCCCUCAGCCACCCUCCCCAUGCACACAAUCCACAGUCUUCUUUGACUUUGGAAACAAAAUUAUUUGCUCCUCAAGUGAGAUGAUAAUAAUAAGUGGCCGAUGAUCACAGCAGCUUCACUUGAGAAGUCCAAUACCAGGUUCAACUGUGAAAACCAACUUGGAUCCUGCUCUUCUACUUCCUCAGAAAAGCACUUUUUAGCCUCCCAAAUUUUGUCUCUGAAACUGCAUCUGAAAAAAGCCAGUUUUGUUCCAGCAGAUAUAUUUCACUGGGGGUUGAGAGAUGGAAACUCCGAGCCCAAAAGGUAGCCCUUUCAUGUCUAGUCCAUUUGCUGCAAGUCCUAAUACAGAGAUCUUGCUCAGAAGGACAGUACUUGCUUGGACCCAAGAAACUGGCUUACCAACAUCAGUUCGCGUUCGAGUCGACGGCCGGAGUUACGAUCUCCACAAGUCACCUUUAACUUCCAAAUGUGGGUACUUCAGAAGAGCACUGUUAAGUUCGUCAGACGUCGAACUACCGGAGAAUUUUCCGGGAGGAUUCGAGACUUUCGAGAUGGUUGCAUUAUUCAGCUAUGGCUACCCCUUAUCUUUAGACCCUUUUAAUGUAUCAGCACUUAGAUGUGCGGCGGAGCAGUUAGAGAUGACCGAAGAGUACGCCUUCUCUAACCUCGGCGAGAGAUCAGAUUUAUACAUCAACCAAGUGGUGCUUCAGGGCUGGGAUGACACACUCAUAGUCCUGCAAAAAUGCCAACCAUUGCUUCCGAUCUCCGAAGAGCUCCUAAUCGUAAGCCGGUGCGUCGAGUCCCUCGCCUUCAUGGCCUGCAUGGAGAUUCUCGACCCCGAGCAAAGAAGGGAUCGGCCCGUGAUCAGCGUCCAAGCUUUAUCGGGCCGUGCUUGGAACUCCGAAAAGGUUAAGCAGAUCACAGGGCAGGACUUAUGGAUCAAGGAUCUCAUAGCACUUCCCUUUGAGUUCUUCAAGAGGAUAAUUGGCUCCCUGAGGAGGCAAGGGAUGAAGGAGAAGUAUGUGAGCCCCGUAGUUUUGUUCUACGCGAAUAAGUGGGUGCUUUCGAAGAAGACCCACAAGUUUUGGGAGAGCACAGAUGAAUGUAGUGGAGCUGAGGAGGCUAACAACAAGGUCUCAGCAAUUCUGGAGGGCUUACUUGAGCUAUUUCCUGCCGAAGAAAAGGCUGACGGAGUAAUUCCGGUGUCAUUUUACUUCGCCUUGCUCGCAAGAUCUCUCAGUCUCAAAUUAAGUGAAAAGAGUAGGGAGAAGUUAGAACACCAAGUAGCAUCUCGCCUACAGUUUGCAAGAGUCGAAGACUUUCCCCUUCCAGAGAGCGGAACCAUCGCAUUUAGUCCCGAAUUGAAAGCGAUGGAGAAUAUAAUUUCAAAUUAUGCAUCAUCCAAUAGUGGGACUGAUUUUAACAGAAGCACCCACUUUAGUAGUUCGAUUGUUGCGGAACUAUGGGAUCGAUAUCUGUCGCAAAUUGCAAGGGAUCCAAAGUUGGAACCUCACAGAUUCGUCCAGCUCAUUGAAGCGAUUCCGGUUUCGUUUCGAGAGACUCAUGAUCAUCUAUAUGGAGCAAUCAGCAUCUUCUUGUUGGAACACCCAGAUUUAUCUGGCGAAGAAAAGGCUUCAGUGUGCAAGCAUAUCGACUGUCAAAAGCUAUCGCAGGAGGCCUGCAUCGAUGCGGUUCAGAACGAGCUGAUGCCGCUUCGGCUUAUAGUCCAGGCACUUUUCAUCCAGCAGCUACAGACUCACCAGGCCUUAAGAGACUGCUCUGAUUCCUUCAGAUAUACUUACAGUGUGGCACUUUCAGGAACUGGGUUUACUCCGACCUCAAGAAGCCAUCCCCCCACAAGCCAGAAUCUAAGUGAAAGCCCUUACAAACAGCUUACGGAUGAGAGCCCAUACAAACAAGUUUGUGGAGAGGGGAGAUCAGGAGCACUUUCUCACCAUGUUGAAUACGAGUCCGCAAGCUUUAGACUUCAGGCUCUGGAAGACGAAAUCACUGCAAUAAAGAAAAACCUUCAGGGUAAAAGCACUUCCAAGAAGCAGAGCUUUCGACUGUUUGGCAGGGAGGAUAAGGUGCUGUUGAAGAGAAGAAGCCACUCUGGCCAAGUAAGCACCUGCAUUGGCUCCCUGAGUUGGGCUUCUCAGAGGAAAUGUGCCAGUGGGAUACUGAAAAUGUUAAGAAGAAUAGCUCUGUUAGGAAAGGGCAAAGCAAAGAUGAAACAAAGCAGCUUCUAGUCUUCCUAAUAAUGGAUCUAGUGCUCACAGAAGCACAAACUUGCAUGGCACUAAGUGAUUGUUAGGCAAUAGUUUUCAGUGAAAACUUCUUCAUUCUUUGAAGAGCCAAAUAUCACUUAGAAUAAAGAAAAACAUUAAGUGCAUAAAUAGCAACUUUGUAUCAGUGAGUAUGAACAUAAGCUACUAGGAGUAGCAGAAUCUUAUGCUCCAUCCAGAUUUUCCUUUCUUGGUAAUUAGAAGUAAAAAAGAAGCAACACAACAUGCCAGAACCACGUGCACCUGCC